AUGGGCGAACAGUCGUCCCACAAACACUCACAGGGGCCUUCACUCCAUCCAAUUGAGGAACGUGAAAAUAGUCCCAAUUCGGUAUCAUCUGGCGAUACGUUGAACAGUACCAACAACAAUCCUCCUAAAACACAGUAUUCCAAGGAAGUCAAACAGCAGCAAGAACAGCAACAGCAGCAAAAGUCUUCAUCUCAACAGCGCCCACAACCAGAAGCGCUCCAGAAUGAAUAUCCAUCUACACCACAAGGGCAACCAUCAACGCCUUUCGGCCCACGAGCUGCCUUCAACAGACAGCCCACAGAAUCAGGUAGUCUUUACUACGGACACCAGUCUCAGCAAAAUGGCUCGACCAGAGUACCAACCCGAGAUACCAUUCGACAAGGACCAUCCCACACCUUGGCAGGCCCAGGUCCGAUGGAUAACCAACCAGAACAAGGGCCUGUAUAUCUAGAUCCAGAAUAUAGACACAUGAACCCGCGCUACGGCAAAAACCACGAGCAGCCCGUCUGGGGCUUAGCAAAACCUCUUCCGCGGGUUGUGAGGCCCGGUAUGCGUCGCGAUGAACAUACCGAGCAGAAAGCAUACGACACCAAGCCUCGCGGAGAGGCAGAGCCCGCACCAGAGCUUGGCGCAACACCCGGCAUGUCCAAUUCCCAUUCCAAUACCAAUGACACUCCUGCAACUCCUGCAACACCGUCCUCGCCAGCGCAGCAUCCUCCCACAUAUGCAUCUGCGGCGCAACAGGGCGCUCCAGUCGAACAUGCCGUGUAUGGAACACAGCCCGAUGGUCUUUUACGGCCAAUGGAAAGUGAAGCUGGUCAUGGCGGGGGGAUAAUGAAAGAAGAGGACAUGGGACAAACGGAACAAGAGGAAUUCUUGAACAAUUGGGUUAAAAUUCGGAAUUAUCUCAAGGAACCCUUCGCCGAAUGGCUCGCUACAACAGUGGCCCUCUUCAUCGGACUAACAGGAACCCUGGCAAUAUCAACUGGAGGCACAAACGCCGGAACCAAACUCUCAGAAAACUGGUCCUGGGGUCUCGGCUCAAUGGUCGGGAUCUACCUGGCUGGUGGUGUCUCCGGUGCACAUCUCAACCCAGGUAUAUCCAUCGCGCUCUGGAUAUUCCGCGGGUUUCCCGGUCGACGAUGCUGCUAUUAUGUCAUUGCGCAGCUUCUUGGUGCAAUUACUGCUGCAGGAUUGGCAUACUGUAUCUACCGCGAUUCAAUCCUUACUUUCUCCCCGACUGCCAAGGCUGGUAGUUCCGGUCUGGGGUUUUAUACUGAGCCCAUGAGUCAUGUCAGUUCUGCGACGGCAUUUUUUACGGAGUUCAUUGCGGAUGCGAUUCUUCUUUGUGUUAUCUUUGCCAUGGGUGAUGAUAGUAAUGCUCCGCCUGGUGCUGGAAUGCAUUCUUUUGUGAUUGGUUUAGUUAUCUAUGUGCUUUGUAUUUGUUUGGGAUUCAAUACCGGAGGAUGUUUGAAUCCAGUGCGAGACUUUGGGCCUCGUCUUGUUGCUUUUAUGGUCGGGUAUGGUACUGACACAUUCACUGCUCGGAAUGGAUGGUGGUUCUGGGGUGGUUGGGUGGCUACUAUUAGUGGCUGUCUUGUUGGUGCUACUCUCUACGACACGUUCAUCUUCAUUGGAGGUGAAUCUCCCAUCAACUAUGCCCCCAGGCGACGCAUGAGAGCGAAGCUUAAGAAGGAGACAAAAUGGCGGCAUAGACUUGGUAUUGGGAAGAGUAAAAUUCCUUCAUUGGAAGAGGGAAUUAAAAGAUUGGAAGAUUGA